AUGUCCCGCCUCCAAGGAAAAGUCGCCCUCGUCACCGGCGCAUCCCGCGGAAUCGGCCGCGCAACAGCCCUAGCCCUUGCAAACAAAGGCGCAAGCGUCGUGAUAAACUACAUCUCUUCAUCCGCCGCAGCAGAAGAAGUCGUCUUGCAGAUUGGCGCUGAUCGCGCAAUCGCAGUGCAAGCAGACAUCUCAAGGCGCAAGAAAAUAUCCUGUCUUACCAAGGCCACUGUUGAUCGCUUUGGAAAGAUCGAUACGCUUAUCCUUAAUACCGGAUUGCUCUGGCAGCAAGGGGAUCUUGCUAGUGAAGCCGCACCGUUUAUACCGGAUGGCGGACGCGUGAUGCUUUUCUCGACUUCCCUGGCUGCGUUUAGCAUGGUUACUCCAAAUUAUCUGUUGUACACAGCCAGCAAAGGAGCCAUUGAGCAGAUGACGCGCGUAUUGGCGAAGGACCUUGGGAAGCGCCAGAUCACAGUGAACACGAUUGCGCCGGGGCCGAUUGGGACAGAUGCGUACUUUGUCGGCAAGACGGAGCAGAUGGUCCAGAUGCAGAAUAACAUUGCGCCUGCUGGAAGACUGGGUACGCCGGAGGAAGUUGCAAAUGUUGUUACCUUUAUUGCGAGCGAUGAGAGCUCGUGGGUUAACGGGCAGACAGUGAGGAUUAAUGGGGGGAUGACGGUUGGAUAGGGCAUCGGAAUGAUCCAGUUCAGGUCUCCGAGCUUGGAGUAAAGCUGUCCAGGCGCGAAUAGAGUCAGCAG